CUGCAAACAAAUGCCACUGCCACUGCCACGGUCACUCCCUCACUCAUUCACGCCCACCACACGCGUGCACUGGUGACGAUGAUUCACCGUCGCAGACCUACAUCUACAUCUAGUAGCCGGCAGCCUGUUGACUCGGGUUGAAAAGGAAUACUUUCAUGGUCACCUGGAGACAUCCUCACUCGCGCCCGUCGAGGAUUUAUUUUGAGCAGACGCAGGGUCCGAUAAAGAGAAGCUUAUCGCCGCUAUCAGAGAGGGGUUGGUCAACCGUCCCUAGCUAGCUAUUAUUCGACCGCGCAAAAAUGGACUCGAGGUCGGCUCCGAGCAACAAGAAAGAUGAUGCUGGACUUCCGUUUCCUGAAGCUCUUCGAGGGAAGAGAUUAUUACUUGCGACCGAAUCGUUUGGUCCCGUUAAUGGAGUCAGUCGAACAACACUGAAUCUUGUCACCUAUUUGCGAAGCCAGGGUGUCAUCGUAGCUGUUGUCGCGCCAGAGAUUUCCACCGGCUCCGACAAUAGCCUCACGGUUUCGACAUCAGGUACAGACAACGAAAUCGAAGUCCGACUUCAAGGAUAUCCACUACCCUACAAUCCCGAAUUAUCAGUCGUGUAUCCCGUCCGAUUAUCUGCUCUUUACAGACGAACAUUCGGCCGAGAACCAGAUUUGAUCUACCUCGCCAGUCCAGCCUCGCUCGGCUUUCAAAUCCUGCUCCAACUUCGCCAACAACAGAAACCCGUCCCAGUCCUGCUUAACUUCCAAACCGACCUUUCAGGUUACUGCGAAAUCCUCUUCCCAACUCCGCUCGAUGCAUGGGCAGUAUGGGUCUUCCGCUCCGUGCAAGGCUACCUAUUCCGCCAUGCCAGCGUCCGCACAGUCUUCUAUCCCUCCCUGUUCGUGCGAAAGUACCUCGAAAAAGCAAAAGUGCAAGGAGACAAGAUGCUCAAUCUCCGCCGCGGAGUGAACUGCGAACAAUUCCACCCCGCUAAACGAUCUGAGGAAAUGCGCAAGAAGCUCGCACCAAAUGGCGAAUUGAUCCUCGUUUCCGUCUCGCGCCUUGCGCCAGAGAAAGGCUUCGAGUUCCUAGCUCAGGUUGCGAAGAAACUUGACACGAUGGGAUUCCCAUUCAAGUUGUUGAUUGUGGGAGGGAAUAAGAAUCCGCAGGUUAUACAGGAUAUCCACGAUUAUUUCGGGGAUUUGAAUGAGAAAGGUACUGUUCAAUUUACGGGACAAUUGAAGGGAGAAGAACUCGCAAAGGCGUAUGCGGUUGGCGAUGUCUUUCUGCACUGCUCCAUCACCGAGACGUUCGGGUUAGUGGUCCUCGAAUCGAUGGCCAGCGGAGUCCCAGUCAUCGCUCGCGACGAAGGCGGACCCAGCGAGAUUGUCGCAGAUGGGAAAUCCGGGUAUCUCGUUGCGCCCACAGCACUCGAUACGUUCGUCGAGAAGAUUGUCAAGUUAGGAAACGAUACUGCAUUGAGAGAAGAAAUGGGUCUCGAGAGCCGCAAGAUGGCAGAAGAAGCCACAUGGGAGAAGAUCAACAACCGCGUAGCCUGGAAACUAGCCGAAGCGCUGCAACCCGCUCCAGCUACCCCUACCCCGGCACAGACCUCACCACCGCCCGCCGCGGGAGCGAGCAACGGUGCGCAAGCGGCGGCGGUGAUCCCGGGGCUCUCGAUCCCGAUUUAUAGCUGGUUGUUGAUGAGUCCUGAGCUGAGGACUUUUCUGGGGGCGUUGAUUGUGGAUGCGCGGUUGGUGGGCGGGCUGGGGAUUAUUAUUGGGGUUUGG